UAUUUUCGCCACCAAAGUUCUCUCGACUAAAAAGAGCUGAGGAAAGCAAGGGAAGUAAGCAACCAUGCCGACCGUAGUAAUAACAGCUCUCCUCGUGGCUGUCGUCUCAGCUGACACCAUCCCCCACUUCGUGGUUCCUGGAAAGUGUGCCAAUGUGCUUGUCCAAGACAACUUCGACCUUCAUAAGUAUUCUGGACGGUGGUAUCAGACCUCCAUCAUCGACAACCCUUACCAGCCCUUCACUCGCUGCAUCCACUCCAACUUCGAGUACUCAGCCUGGCGAGUUCCAAGUCAUCACAGCUGGAUCUAGUCCUUCCAACGACUACCUGAGGAUGAUGGGCAAGAUCUACCCGACCAGGGACUUGCCAGCUGCACACAUGCUCGUUGACUUCCCGGCUACCAUUGCCGCUCCCUUCCAAGUGCUCGCCACCGACUACCACUCCUACUCCUGCGUGUACUCCUGCAUUGCCUACGACAAUUACAAGGCCGAGUUUGGCUUCGUCUACUCCCGCACUCCGCAGACCUCCGGCCCGGCGACUGACAAGUGCGCAGCCGUGUUCAGCGCCAACGGAGUCAACGUGUCUGCCUUCAGGCCUGUCUCUCACGGUACUGACUGUAUCUACAGGGCUUGAUAACACUGUUAUUAACCGAUGGAUUUCAGUCAGUGGUUGGAAUUGGUCUUAAAACUAAGCAGUAACAUCCACAGCCCCAUGUAAAAAUAAAUAAAUAAAUACCGAUUCAACUG